GUCCUUCCUCACUUCUGCCUCUUUCCAAGGUUGAGUGAGCAGGAGCUGAGAAUCUGGGGAAGCAGGCAGCUUGCAGCCCCCUGCCUGGACAUGAGGGGAGGAAAAGCCAGUGUAAAUAAAUCCACUGAGAAGAAAGGAGAGUCGCCCUCCCCAGGGAAAAGGAAAUCCGAGCGAGAGGACGAUGACGUUUAUGAAGAGUUCCCCAGAAAGAAGCAGAAAGUUCCAGCAGGGAAAAGCCAACAAGCGGGGGUACAGCAAAAUCCCAAAUCCAAAGGGCGCUCUGUGCGGAAAGAGCCGCCAGCGUAUGCAGCAGGCAGUGUGGAGGAGCAGUGGUACCUGGAGAUCCUGGAUAAGGGCAGAGUUACCUGCCCCACGUGCAGAGCUGUGAUCAGGAAGACAGUCGAGGGACUGAAGAAGCAUAUGGCGAACUGCAGACAGGAGAUGUUCACGUGUCACCACUGUGGGAAGCAGCUCAGGUCACUGGCAGGGAUGAAAUACCACAUCAUGGCAGAGCACAACAGCCUGCCGCUUGUGAAGGAGGGGGGAGAGCUGGAGGAGCCGUGCGAACGCGACCGCCUCCGGAAGGUGCUGAAGCGCAUGGGGAAGCUCAAGUGUACGAGGGAGGGCUGUACUGGCAGCUUCACCAGCAUAAUGGGCUUCCUGUACCAUAAGGAGGCCUCUGAGCUAGAGAAAAUGGCCAUGAAGUGCCGGCACUGCGGGAAAGGCUACAAGUCAAAGGCAGGGCUCGUCUAUCACCUCCGGGCUGAGCACGGGCCGGUCACUUUCCUCCAUGACGACAGGAGGCCUGAGAGUCUGAAGGAGAUGACCCUGGAGCCCACAAGUGCCGGCAGAGUCCAGAGGAAAUCUGCGAAGGUGGCUGUCUGCUACCUCCACGAGCUGGCUAGCGAGGAGCUGGCCAAGGAGUGGCCUAAGAAGAAGGUGCUACAGGAUCUCGUCCCAGAUGAUCGGAAGCUGAAGUACACCCGCCCGGGGCUGCCCACCUUCAGCCAGGACGUGCUGUGCAAGUGGAAAUCGGAGCUAAAGUCACUCGGCGAGUCCCGCUGUUGGAGUGGAGGGAAGUGUCCGCCGUGGGGGCAGCUUUGUCUCCGUUGCGAGAAGGAGUUCGUCUCGGAGAGCGGGGUCAAGUACCACAUCAACUCUGUGCACGCCGAGGACUGGUUUGAUGUGAACACGACUAGGAGGAGGAGCGUGGAGAAACGGGUGAAAACGCGCCAGAGAGAAGAGGAGCCGCACAAGCAGCGCAAGAGGCGCCCGGCAGCCCGGAGCAGGAAGAGGAGGGCUGGGCUGGGGUCUGCCAAGAAGCUGCCUGGCGCCGGGGCCGAGAGCAGCAGGAGGAGGAGUAAGAGGGGGCGUUCCCACCUGGCGGACAGUGAGAGCAGGAGCAGCGAAGAGGAGGAGGAGCCCCCAGCCGCGCACAAAGCGGAAAUUCCAAAAAGCACCCGCAGGCGGGGCAGGAAGUAGCCCUGGCGCGGCCCAGCGCUGCGGAGUCCACGGGCGGUCGCUCGCCGUGUAUCCAGUGUGGCUCGGGCCCUGCUCACAGCCUGAGUCCAGGUUGCAUUAGUUGCGUAUUUCGUGAUUUUAAAUAUUUUUGUCUGUCACUCGCUCUGCUUCUGCUGUGCCCCUGGGGCUCCUCACCGUUGGGGAGAGCAGGCGUCCUGGACGGAAGGCGUCUCUCUCUGGAUCUCUAUGGCCGGGCGGGGGCGCAUGCGUCCUUGGAGGGAGGGUGGGCAGUUUCGGGGGCCCAGCUCUGGCUUGCUCGCCUGCAGCCCAAGAGACUUGCCUCCCAGGGGUAGGUCCUUGCCAUACGGCGCCAUCCCGUCACUGCUGUGCUCUCCAGACGGGCAGCCCGGCGGGUUCAGAAUGCAGCCAGCCUGCCUGCCGGAGACUGGGCCUUUGCAGCGGGCCAGGGCACCCAGCAGCACCUGCCCCUUCAAAGGCAGAGCACUGACUGGGCCCUACGGGGGCGUCGAGACCAGCUGCCGGCAGACUGCCCUGCCCCAGUCGUGCGGCAGCAGCCUAGCCAGGGCUCUGAGCUCGGAGCACGGUGCCUGUGCUGUGCUACAGGCCACGCGUCACAGCCGCCUCCCACCUGCAGGACAGCCGCUGUGGGGCUGCCCCGGCCGGCUGUCCCUCGGGGUCCGGUCCCCCUUCCCUCUAGCCUGAGCAAGGGCUACUGCUUGUCAGCGGGCGCUCCAGGUACCUUCUCCCUGAGCUACUGUGGCCUGUUCUCACGAUGGCGCCUUUGCCGGGGCGAGCCUCAUGUGCCAGGCCUGCCUGUCGCGGUGUCAGCCGGCGGGAUGGCGCCUUUCCUGAGGCAAGCUCCGUGUGCCAGGCCUGCCUGUCGCGGUGUCAGCCGGCGGGAUGGCGCCUUUCCUGAGGCAAGCUCCGUGUGCCAGGCCUGCCUGUCGCGGUGUCAGCCGGCGGGAUGGCGCCUUUCCUGAGGCAAGCUCCGUGUGCCAGGCCUGCCUGUCGCGGUGUCAGCCGGCGGGAUGGCGCCUUUCCUGAGGCAAGCUCCGUGUGCCAGGCCUGCCUGUCGCGGUGUCAGCCGGCGGGAUGGCGCCUUUCCUGAGGCAAGCUCCGUGUGCCAGGCCUGCCUGUCGCGGUGUCAGGGCGGCGGGAUGGCGCCUUUGCCGGGGAGAGCUGCGUGUGCUGGGCCUGCCUGUCGCGGUGUCAGGGCGGCGGGAUGGCGCCUUUGCCGGGGAGAGCUGCGUGUGCUGGGCCUGCCUGUCGCGGUGUCAGGCGGCGGGAUGGUGCAUUUCCAGGGCGAGCUCCGUGUGCCGGGCCUGCCUGUCGCGGUGUCAGCCGGCGGGAUGGGGCCUUUCCAGGGCGAGCUCCGUGUGCCGGGCCUGCCUGUCGCCGUGUCAGGGCGGCGGGAUGGGGCCUUUCCAGGGCGAGCUCCGUGUGCCGGGCCUGCCUGUCGCCGUGUCAGGGCGGCGGGAUGGGGCCUUUCCAGGGCGAGCUCCGUGUGCCGGGCCUGCCUGUCGCCGUGUCAGGGCGGCGGGAUGGGGCCUUUCCAGGGCGAGCUCCGUGUGCCGGGCCUGCCUGUCAGGGCGGCUGGGAGGGUUCCUGUGGUCCUGUCGGGGUCAGGGUUAAGUUAGCACAUGGUGAGUGUUGUGCUGUCCAGCAGAGUCAGUUGAGACCUGCAAAUGCAGAACUUCUCCGGCAGGUUUAGACCUCUUCUCAGCUGGGCAGAGGGGUCUAAACCUGAAUGUCAGAUGUGAGCCCACACCCCCAAGAGGGGGAGGGGCAGGACUUGAUGUCUUAUUACCCUCCCCUCUUGUGCCUCACUGCAGUUCCCGGCCUCAGCAGACGCCUGAGUUUGAUCCAUCAGGGUUCAAGUAACACCCCGGUUCCCUUCAGCUCAUGCUGCAGUGAAAGCUUCCCCCUCGCCCACAGCUGCCGGUGCCGAAAUGCGCUGUCCAUUCCCUGGGCCGUAUUGCUUGGGCCCAGGUUUGCGUGUGGCGUUGCUGUGUGUUCGCCCGCUCCGUCACGUUGCCUUUGUGAGCAGUGUCGGGUGAGGCAGGUGACCCCAGCCAUGGCGAUGAUGGGACUCUGCGUGCAGUUCCCCGUGCUGCUCUCCACGCAGCAGCUGGACCUCGGUGGGGCCUGCACUUGUGGGUUACUGGGCGGUAUCCAAAGGCAGGUCUCUGGGCUGUGAGAUGCGCGGUCAGAGCAGCAGGAGCAGAUGAGAUGCCGCGUCACCAGUGCGAGAGAUGAUUUGUUUCUUGCUCAGGA